AAUUUCAAAAAUGGAUCAAAUCAAAUGAAUUGGAAUCAUAUUGCUCAAGUAAGAAUUCAACCCACAAAAACCUGAUAUUUCCCUCCUAAAACCCUCUUCUUCUUCUUCUUCUUCUUCUUCAACAAAACCCCCAAAAAUCUCUCUCCUCUUCCACAAUUCCACACAACAAUGUCUGCAACAAACGACACUUCUCAAUCCUUCAUUCCGUACACCCUCAAACAAACCCUAACUCCCCACAAACGCGCUAUCUCCUCCCUCAAAUUCUCCUCCGACGGCCGUUUCCUCGCCACUUCCUCCGCCGACAAAACCGCCAUCAUCCACUCCCUCUCCUCCUCCACCUCCGACGACCCACCUUUCUCUCUCCACCAGCAGUUUAACGGCCACGAACAAGGCAUUUCCGACGUCGCCUUCUCCUCCGACUCUCGCCUCCUCGCCACCGCCUCCGAUGAUAAAACCGUCAAACUAUGGGAUGUAUCCACCGGUCAGCUCAUUAAAACCCUUAUUGGCCAUACUAAUUACGUCUUUUGCCUCAAUUUUAACCCCCAAUCGAAUUUGAUUGUUUCUGGGUCUUUUGAUGAGACUGUUAGGGUUUGGGAUGUUAAGAGUGGGAAAUGCUUGAAGGUUUUACCAGCUCAUUCGGACCCUGUCACUGCUGUUGACAUUAAUCGGGAAGGUUCCAUGAUCGUUUCCAGUAGUUAUGAUGGAUUGUGUAGGGUUUGGGAUACUAAUACUGGUCACUGUAUGAAGACUUUGAUUGAUGAUGAGAAUCCUCCUGUGUCGUUCGUUAAGUUUUCGCCGAAUGGGAAGUAUAUUCUUGUGGGCACAUUGGAUAAUAAUCUGAGGCUGUGGAAUUUCCAGAACGGGAAGUUUCUGAAGACAUACACAGGACAUGUAAAUUCAAAAUACUGCAUUUCAGCGGCAUUUUCCAUAUCAAACGGAAAAUACAUUGUUAGUGGUUCGGAGGAUAAUUGUGUUUACUUAUGGGAACUUCAGUCAAGAAAAGUUGUCCAAAAACUAGAAGGUCAUACCGACACCGUCAUAACAGUUGCUUGUCACCCUACCGAGAACAUGAUUGCAUCUGGUGCCCUCGGGAACGACAAGACAGUGAAGAUAUGGACUCAAGGCAAAGACUAAUUCUUUCUUGAUUUAUGUUGGCUUCUUCAAAGGGAUUGUUGAGGGUGGCUGUAUGUACUUGUAGGCUUGUAGCUUAGUGUUUAGAUCUAGUUGUAACAUGGCACGGCAGUUGUUUGUGCCGCCGUCGGGAGUUUUAAACUGUCCAAUACUUUUUCUUAUGUGAAGGAAUUACUUCAUGACUGGACAAUACAUAUGAUGAGUAAUUUUGCUUUGAAAAAAAAAAUUACAGGAGUAUUAUUUUGUAGA